AUGGCGGACGAGGACCACCCGUGGCAGGGCAGCAUCCUCUACAACAUGCUCAUGAGCGCCAAGCAAACCCACGCGGCGCCCAAAGCGCCCGAGGCGCAGCUGCGAGCCCCGUGCUGGGGCUGUUCGUGCGGCGGGGAGCAAUGGGAGCGCAGAGAGAGGCUGCUGGGCGAGCGGGCAGUGGCGCUUGUGUACCGCUGCUGCUUCUGUGGUGAUGACCACCCGCGCCAGGGCAGCAUCCUCUACAGCAUGCUCACAAGCGCCAAGCAAGUGCAUGCGGCUCCGGAGGCGCCCAAAGCUCAACCAGAGGCCCCGUGCUGGGGCUGCUCUUGCGGCGCUGAGCCAUUGGUGGGCAGAGAAGGACUCCAGGGCGGGCGGGCCGUGGCGCUAGUGUACCGUUGCUGCUUUUGCGGUGACGACCACCCGCGCCAGGGUAGCAUCCUUUACAGCUUGCUCACGAGCGCCAAGCAAACACACGUGGCUCCAGAGACGCCCGAGGCGCUGCGGGAGGUCCCGCGGUGCGGCCGUCCCUAUGGUGCGCAGAGGCUAGGGGGCAAAGAGGGGCUGCCGGGCGGAGCGUCCGCAGAGCGCCUGCCCCGCUACUGCUUCUACAGUGACGACCACCCGCGCCAGGGCAGCAAGCUCUACAACCUGCCUAAGAGCGCGAAGGAAACACACUCGGCUCUGGAGGCGCCGGAGGCGCAGCCACGGACCCCAUGGUGGGGCCCCUUGUGUGGCGCGCAGAGGCCGGUGGCGCUCAAGAGCCCCCGGUUGGUCUGCGAGGCGGCUUCGGCCGGCCUGUUGAAAACGCUGCACUUCGUCAAAUACUUGCCCUGUUUCCAGGUGCUGCCCCUGGACCAGCAGCUGGUGCUAGUGCGCAGCUGCUGGGCGCCGCUGCUCCUGCUAGAGCUGGCCCAGGACCGCCUGCACUUCGAAACGGUGGAGACCACCGAGCCUAGCAUGCUGCAGAAGAUACUCACCACCAGGCGGCGGGAUACCACGGGCAAGGAGCCGCUGUCCCUGCCUAUGUCGCAACCCCUAUGGGCACCGCCACCGGAGGCCAGGCAACUGCCUUCAGCAGCUGAGGUUCAAGCCAUCAAAGGCUUCUUUGCCAAGUGCUGGAGUCUGAAUAUCAAUACCAAGGAGUACGCCUACCUCAAGGGAACCGUGCUUUUUAACCCCGACCUGCCAGGCCUACACUGUGUAAAGUACAUUCAGGGACUUCAACAGGGAACUCAGCAGAUACUCAACGAACAUGUCAGGAUGACACACAGAGGGCACCAGGCCAGAAUCAUGGAACUGAAUUGUGCACUUUCCCUGCUGAGACUCAUUAAUGCCGGUGUCAUUACUGAACUGUUCUUCAGACCCAUCAUUGGCUCAGUGAGCAUGGAUGAUAUGAUGCUGGAAAUGCUCUGUACGAAGUUAUGA